AUGAAGACGUUAAAAAGGAAGGCUGAUGAAUGGCUGAUGAAACAAGAUGCAUACACGAUGCAUAAACCCAUGCGCCGCCAUUUUAAACGAAACCGUGUCAUCGUGGGAGGUAUCGAUCAACAGUGGCAAAUGGAUCUGGCGGAUAUGCAAUCCAUGCAGAAGUUUAAUGAUGGAUAUCGUUAUCUACUCGUGUGCAUCGAUGUUUUUUCCAAAUAUGCAUGGGUAGUUCCGUUGAAAAACAAGACUGGUCCUACGCUGGUCGAAGCUUUCAAAGUCAUUUUAACAUCUGGAUGCAAACCCGAAAAGAUCAUGACCGAUCAAGGAACAGAAUUUCUAAACAAACAUUUCCGAGCGUUGAUGAAAGAAGAAGACAUCGAACUGUACAAUACGUACAAUGAAACGAAAGCUUCUAUCGUGGAACGUCUGAUUCGUACUCUAAAAACCAAAAUGUGGCGCUAUUUUACAGCCAAGAAAACCAUGCGAUACGUAGACAUGUUACCCGAUCUGGUCUAUUCUUACAAUCAUACUGUUCACCGUAGCAUCAAGACAAAACCCGUGGACGUUACUGCUGGGAACGAGAAGAAAGUGUGGCACACCCUGUAUGAUGAUCACAGCGUAGCGAGAAAUGUAAAGUACAAGUUUAGGAUUGGCGAUCAAGUGAGAAUUAGCAAGAUGAAACGAACAUUUGAAAAGGGAUACUUGCCGAAUUUCUGGAAAGAGAUUUUUACAAUAAGCAAACAAAUACCACGUGAUCCUCCAGUGUACAAGCUAAAAGAUCUGGACGGUGAAGAACUCAAAGGAACAUUUUACGAAAAGGAGCUGCAAAAGAUCAUUAAGGAAGAUGACGUCUACGAAAUUGAAAAAAUUUUGAAGAAACGUGGACGAGGCAAUAAUGUACAUUAUCUUGUAAAAUUGUUAGGGUACCCCAAUAAAUUUAACACGUGGGUACCCGCUUCUGAAAUAAAUAUGAUUUAA